UGUUGCUGCUGGAUCACCAGUCAAAUUGAUAUUUUCUUCGAUUUUCUAUUUUAACCAUUAUUUUCAUUUUGUUUAUUGAUGCUCAGUUGUCCAGCAGGAAUGGCGUCCACCGCGGGAUCCGUCGGCCGUCGGACGCUACGCAACGCCAACAAGCGCUUCACCGCUGCCCGUCGAGCAGCGAUAGCCGCAGAAGAGGACGGAUCCACCAUCCCGCCGCCAGCGCCCCCUGGAGAUCUUCCUGCCAUGGAUGUGGACAGCGGCGACGUGGAAAGCUACGGACUCCAUCAGCACCUGCGCUGUCCGUUACCCUUCAGCGCCUUGGAUAUCGUCAAGGUGGCAACGCUGGAGCUGCCGGAUUACCUCAAUCCCUGGAUGAAUCCCCGGUCGCUCCCGGAGAACGGCGUCAUCCCGGAUGGAUUCGGACAUGACAAGUUCUCCUAUAUCCUAGAUGACGAACGUCAUGAACUGACGUGGAUCCGGCCGCUGCCCUCAUCCAGAGCGUUCACAUUGCUACUGCAGAACAUCCUCCUGCCACAUCGUCACAUAUCUCGACCACUGAUGCCCACCCCGUCCCCGGCCGUCAAGAAACCCCGCCACGGACCUCUGAACGACAUGCUGGAAUUGUUGGGCUUCGCCGCGGCACACUUCUGUCCGCGGUGCAAACGGUUCGCGUGCAGCACCUGCCCGGUGCCGCCUCGCGUCUGGCCCAUCGAACUCGGUCCGAUCGUCAAGCCGACCGAGGCAGACCGACCGUGCGGAGCGGAGUGCCAUCUCCACCGGCUGAAGAAGCGCAUGGUGGGCGUUGUGGAGCCGCCGGCGAUGCGCGCCAUUAUCAAAGCGUGGUUGAUGGAAGAUGUAAAUGGCCGUCAGCCGACGUACUGCCAGCUGGCGGAGCUGGUGGAUUUGCCGUGUCGGUAUGUCUGGCGGAUUGCCGACGAAGUGGUCGCGAGCUGCAAGGACUCCAACCCCAAGAUGAUUCGACCGGUAAUCCCCUCCAGUCGGCCGUUGCCAUUCAACAUGGGAAAGCAGCACCGGGGAAAAGGACUGGCUUUCCAGUACCGCCCGUGCCACCACCCCAGGGGACUGUUGUGCUCCGAUCCCAGGAGCAAGUGCCCCUGCCCUCGUAAUACCGGCAGUCGAAUAUGUCACGAGGCCUGCGGCUGCCCGGCCGACUGCGAAUACCGUCGGCCGCAUCCCUGCCCCUUCGACUGCACCCCGACGCAGCGCCACCCGGAGUGCGAGUGCCGAGCGCUGAAGUAUGUCUGCGCCACAUGCAAUGUCCGCGCUGAUUUCGGGCAAACGAAGAAGACCCUGUGUGGGCGGUCCACGGUGGCGGGGAUCGGGACGUUCAUCAUGGAGAACGUGAAGCAGGGCGCCUUCAUCGACGAGUACACGGGGGAGCUGAUCGGGGUGGAGGAAGCGGACCACCGGGCCAAUUACUUCGCGGAACGAUACGGCACGUACCAGUUCGUGCUGAACAUGCACAUGGUCGUGGAUGCCAGUGAUUUCGGCAGUAAGAUGCGCUUCGUCAACCACUCCCUGGCCAACCAGAACGUGGAGGCCUGCGUGGUGAUGGAGCGCGGGCAGCAGCGCAUCGGGUUCUUCGCGGCACGCGACCUGCAGGCGGGCGAAGAGCUGUUUGUGUCUUACCAUGGACCUGCGGAGGAGAAACCCAAGGGACGAAAAAGGAAGGCCUGCCCGGAAGAGUCGCCGGCGGAGUAUAUGCGCAAAACAGUUCGGGACUACGUCGAUGUGAAGAUCAAGGAGAAGGUCCCCAGGGAACCAGGACUAGUCCACGCGGAGGCGCCCGCACCACGAGUGCGGUUUGCCCAGGGGAACGGGAUUACGGUCACGGCCGUUAACGGUGCGCCGGAUGCGAUGGACGGGAUGUCCAAGGUCUCCGUCAUGCAAAUCGUCGACGCGGCCGCCCAUGAUGUGGUUAUUCUUGAAUGACUUCUCCUCCUUGUUGCGUCAGUGCCGUAGCUGUUGCGUGAGUUCGCGGUGGUUCGUAAUUUUAUUUUGCGAUUAGACUGCAUUAUUGUUUUUUAAUGAUGCCUGUACUUCUUCAGCGUUGCCGAUCAAUGUUUGCAUUAGUUUUGCUUUCGUUGCGUUGUGGUC